AUGCAAACCUCGGAUGUAUCGAGCAUCUCGAAUAAUUCGCGUCUGAUCCAUCCCAAAUACGCGUUGAACGGCGACACUGGGUUCUCCCACGGGGCCUAUAACAACAACCAUCCCAACUCCGUUCAAGGAUUCUCGGAUCGAAACGCCCGUCGCGCAAAUAUUCCUAAUAUCAACACCGGCGCCGGCCAACCCUCCGACAUGGCGUCCGCCUUCGACAUGAACUAUACCCCCUUGCUCCCUUCCCAGCUACUGGUAGGCAGUCCUUUCCAACCCGGAACCCCCUCGGCCUUUGCGUCCCCUCAGUUCCAGAGCUUCGGUGGCUUCCCGCAGACCAAUGGCAAUGGACACGUCCAGAACAACCAGAACCACAUGCACAGCCCAACCCAAGGAAUGCAGAAUCAUGGGCUGUAUGGAAUGAUGUCUCCGGAUAGUAUGGGUCCCUCGCAAAUGAUGGGCGCACCGCAGUCGCCCAUCAACGGUAUGGGGGGCAUGAGCAAUGCGGCCCUGGGCAGCCCCCAGGCGUCGGUGGCCCCUGGCAUGAUCUCGGGGACCAGUCGCACCGUGUACCUUGGAAACAUCCCGGCGGAAACAUCUGCCGAGGAAAUUCUGAACCACGUCCGCAGUGGUCAGAUCGAGUCGGUGCGCCUGCUUCCUGAUAAGAACUGCGCAUUCAUCUCCUUCUUGGACAGCAGCUCCGCGACUCAUUUCCACUCGGACGCCAUUUUGAAGAAGCUGGCAAUCAAGGGCAAUGAUAUCAAGGUAGGCUGGGGCAAGCCCUCUCAGGUCCCCACCUCUGUGGCAUUGGCAGUCCAACAGUCUGGUGCGUCGCGCAAUGUUUACCUCGGAAAUUUGGCCGAGGAAACAUCCGAGGACGAUCUUCGGGAGGAGUUGGGCAAGUUUGGGUCCAUCGAUACAGUGAAGAUCGUCAAAGAGAAGGCAAUUGGCUUCGUCCAUUUCUUGUCCAUCAGUAACGCCAUGAAGGCCGUCACUCAGCUUCCCCAGGAGCCGCAAUGGCAGGCACCAAAGCGCGUAUUCUAUGGGAAAGACCGAUGUGCUUACGUCUCUAAGACGCAGCAGCAAAACGCUGCGCAGUUCCUAGGAAUCGCCCCAGGAUAUGCGCAUGUGCUCAACACGGCUGACCGUGACUUGAUCACUAAUGCGCUUGCGCAGCAAUCCGUCGCAGCGGCCGCCGUGGCGACAACUGCGGGAGGUGUCAACAACCUUGGCAACCGCACUAUCUACCUUGGAAACAUCCACCCCGAGACCACAAUUGAAGAGAUCUGCAAUGUUGUUCGUGGAGGCUUGCUCCACCACAUUCGAUACAUUCCUGACAAGCAUAUCUGCUUCGUGACUUUCAUUGAUCCCACCUCGGCUGCGUCAUUCUACGCAUUGAGCAACUUGCAGGGACUGAUGAUUCACAACCGGCGACUCAAGAUCGGCUGGGGUAAGCACUCUGGUCCUCUUCCGCCUGCUAUCGCCUUGGCGGUGAGCGGCGGAGCGUCACGCAAUGUCUAUAUCGGAAACCUUGAUGAGGCCUGGACGGAAGAACGCCUUCGCCAGGACUUCUCGGAAUACGGUGAGAUCGAAUUGGUCAACACCUUGCGCGAGAAGAGCUGCGCUUUCGUCAACUUCACCAACAUCGCCAAUGCCAUCAAGGCCAUCGAGGGCAUGCGCAACCGGGAGGAUUACCGUCGGUUCAAGAUUAACUUCGGCAAGGAUCGCUGCGGAAACCCACCACGCCAAACCGGAAACACUCAACAAAACGGUCAACAAGCCCGCAAUGGUUCUGGAUUGGACGGCCAACAAUCGCCAGAUCCUGUCAUGAACGGAUUCCAGCCAAAUCUCACACACAACGGCUCCCAGCCCAGCCCAACACGCCCUGCGCUUUCCCCAGCCCCUGGAUCGACUGGCUCCCAGAACGGCCAACAGCACCGCCACCCACUGCAAACAGUAUCCUCUCCAUCGGGUGUGCUGAACGUCGGCUCCAGCAACCCACUCACCAUGUACCUGAACCAAAUGACUCACCAGGGUCAGGAUCAAGAGAAUCAUCUCAGUGACCCCAUGCUAGCAGGCCUGCAGGCACAGCAAGCUCCGCAGCAACAUUUGUACAACGGCGCCAGCAACAGCGAUCUCUCGAACGGGAACAUUGAGCCCCCCCUGCACCAACACAAGCCCUCCAACAACAGCUACCUGAGCGUGGCCAACGGUCCCAGCCACGGCCACCACGCAAGCACCAGCAGCCUGAGUAUCCCCCGUGCUUCGCACUCGCGUGCUGUCAGCUUGCCCUCAUUCUCUCAAGAGCCCUUUGGUCCUGUCUCAGGGGCUCCUAGCCACCCGCGCGCUGGUGGUGCCCACCAGCCCCAGCAGAGUUUCUCCAGCUUCUCCGCCCUUGGCGGAUUGAACCACUCUGGAUUUGGGUUGGCUAUUCAAAAUGAGAACUCGCUGCCCGGGUGGGCAGAAGAGGAAAUUGGUGCCAAAUAA